AUGAACGAUCCAAUUCAUAAAAUUCCUGAUGAUAAUAAAAUUAAUGCGAUGAUUGAUAUGAUUCGUGAAGGUAAUUUUAAAACAAUGCUAAGAGAUGUUGAUAGACAAUUAAAGAAAAAACCAAAUAAUCAAUUUUGGAAAGCAAUGAAAGCAUAUGGAUUAGCAUAUACAGGACAAUUAGAAAAAGCUGAUGAAAUCAAUAACUCUUUAAUAAAAGAAGAUGUUAUUACACCAAUAACAAUGAAUUGGAUAUUAUAUGGAUAUAGAGCAAGUAAAAAUAUUGAUGGAUAUGUUCAAGCAGUUAAAAUUUUUUAUGAGAAAGAUAAAAAUAAUGAUGAUAGAAUUAAAGACCGUUUCUUUAUUGCACAAAUUGAAAAUGAUUAUUCAUUACAACAAACACUUAUUAGUGAAUUAAUAAAAAAACAUCCAAAUAAAGAAAAAUAUAUUGAAUUAAGAAUGUACUUAUUAGCAUCUAAUCCAAAAACAAGAAUUAUGGCUAAAAUGAUGUUAACUCGUUCACACCAAAAGAAAGGAGAAGUUAUGAUGUUAUUAGAUAUACUUCAAAAAGAAAAAAACUAUAAAGAAAUGAUUAAACUACUUGAAGAAAGUAUUGCAUCAGGUAUGUUUUGUCGUUUUGAACAACGAGAAAAUUAUCUUGUUAUUAUGGAACUAUUAGAAAAAAGUGAACAAUAUGAACUUAUUCCAAAUAAGGUAAUAAGUUAUUUAGAUGAAUUUAAAGAUGAAGAUUAUAGUGCAUACACUUAUUUAUUACAUUCACUUAAAUAUUUAAAAGAAGAAGAUAGAAAGAAAUAUUUAGAGCUUAUAAAUAAAAGAAAAGAAAUGAAAUUUAGUUCUACUAUGAGAAGGUCAGUAUUUAUAUUUCUUAUUGAAUAUCAACUUCAAUUUGGAACAAAAGAAAAUGUUCAACAAGAAAUAUUAAAUUAUUUAAAAGAAUUUUCACAAUUAAGAUUAUGUGCAUCUGAUAUUAUUCCAAAGUUAAAUAAUGAGACUGCAUUAUCUAUGAUUGAAAUAACAAAAGACUAUCCUUUGUUUAAUGCACAAUUAAAAUUAAAAUGUUGUUUAGAACUUACAGAAGAAGAUAUUAAAAAAAUACAAGGAGAAACAGUUGAAAAAAAAUUUGUAGAAAUUUGUAAUUUAAUACAAAAUUAUCAAAGAGAACAUAAUAGAAAUUCAUUAUUUAAAGCAAUUAAAAUUUGUGAAGAUGAAUUAAAGAAAAAUGAAGAUGAACAUGAAUUUCAUAUGUUAGAAGUAAAAUGUUAUUUAAUGCUUGGAAUGAGAGAAGAAGCAGUUGAAGAAAUUAUGCAUCAAAGAAUGGAUAUUAAAGAUGUAUUAUUAGAGUCAUUAGGACAUCAUAUAUUUCCAAUAUUUUAUUCAUUAGGAAUAAAUGAUAAAUAUGAAACAAUAAUAAAGAAGUAUUAUAAUUUUCAUAAAGAUCAUGCUAUUUAUAUGAAAGAUAAUGUAACUCAAGCUAUUGACUCAAUGAAUUGGGAAGAGUUAAAUGAUUUAUUUAAAUUUGAAGAGGAAUUAAAAAAGUCAAGUACAAAAGCUGGAGUAAAUAUAUUUGAAGUAUUAAGACAACUUCAAGACUCUCUUAUCCAUUCAUUUGAAAAUAAUAAAUUUAUUCAAGAAAAAUGUAUUAAUAAAAUUCAAAAAAUUAUUGAAACGUAUCAACCAAUAGUAACAGAACUUAUUGAUAAUUGUGAUAGACACGCUUAUUUUUGUGAAACUUUUUACACUUUACCUCAUCUUCAAUUAGUUUCUCCAUUUUAUGAUAUUGAAAGAAAUGAUCAACAAUAUCAACAACUUUAUUCAUUAAAUCAAAUUCUUCUUCUAUUACAACAAUCAAAAAAACCUUAUCAAUUUAAAGACUUUAAUAUUGAAGGAGAACUUAAUCAGAUGGUUAUUAAAACAAUGAAUUGUAUUGUUCAAGAAAAAGUUGAAGAAGGAAAUGAAUUAUUGGAAUCAAUUUGUAAAUGGAUUAACACUCAAUUUAAUACUCUCACAGAAGAAGAAUAUCUUCUUAUAAGAAGAAAUUUAUUACUCACAGUUGAAACUAUUGGAUUGACAUUCUUCUUAAUAAAGAAGAAUAAUUCAUUUAACAAAAACCUUAUUAAUCUUUUAAAUGAAUUAAAGAAAGAAAGGUCUGUUAAUAUCACAGAACAAUCUUCAGAGAUAGAAAAGAAAUUUGUGUCAAAAUAUUCUUCUUAUAAUAAAGAAGUUAGUUUAAUUAUCGAACGUUUUAAAAAAAUUAACUAA